CAAAAAUCAAGGGCAAUGAAUUUUCUGGCAAUCUUUUGAUGAGAGCACCAGAGGACAUUAUUUCAACAGUAAACGGACCUUUGAUUAAAGUAGAACAUAAAAUCAAAGUUAGCAUUUCGUUGAGUGGUGCUAAAGAUAUCGAAAUAGAACAGCCUAUAAUUGUGAGUAAUGUAAUGCCUGCAGAAUUGCAUCAACAGUUGUUACGUGUACAAAAUUUAAUCUCGUCGAAUGCGCAAACACAACUAUUCUAUAAAAAAACGUUGCAUGUAUUACGAAAAAAAGAACUAACAUUUGAUAAUCGUGACAGCAAAAUUGCACUGGAAGCAAUAAGGAUCGAUGGUCUUUCGAUCCAUUCUGGGAUCGAAACGGUCAUUUCAGGACCUUUGAUAAGAGAGAGUAAGAUUAAAGUUGAAGUUUGGUUGAGUGGUUUUAAAGCUAUCGAAAUAGAGCAGUCUGUAAUUUUGAGUAAUGUUAUGCCACCAGAGUUACAUCACCAGUUGUUAUAUGUGGAAAAUUUAACUGUUUAA